AUGAUUUACCUGGACAACCAGGCCACUACGGCUAUCGACCCCCGCGUGUUAGCUAAGAUGGUCCCGUACAUGACCACAAACUUUGCUAAUGUUCACUCUACGCACCGUCUGGGGCGCUCUCUCCGAAAGGUUGUUGAGAAGGCCAGGGAGCAGGUUGCCGGGGCGAUAGGUGCCGCGCCCGGGGAGAUCAUAUUCACUAGCGGUGCAACAGAGUCUAAUAAUAUUGCGCUCAAGGGGGUUUGUCACUUCUACGGUGAUGACAAGCCGCAUCUAGCAAUUUCCCGGAUCGAGCACAAGUGUGUCCUUGAGUCCGCGCGGAAGCUGGAGUCAGAGGGAUUUAAGCUUCACUGGAUAGAUGUAGACGACGAGGGACUUGUCAAGUUGGACCAGCUCCAGGACCUCCUGAAGACCUACUACGACCCCGAGGAGGAGGAGUCGAAGGUGGCCAUUGUGAGCAUCAUGGCUGCGAACAAUGAGAUUGGGACCAUCCAGGAUUUGGGGGCCAUUGGUAAGGUCUGCGAGCAAUACGAGACGCUGUUUCACACCGAUGCAGCGCAGGCCCUCGGCAAGAUACCUCUGGAUGUGGUCAGAGACAAGAUUGAUCUGAUGAGUCUCUCGGGGCACAAGAUUUAUGGGCCCAAAGGCGUGGGUGCCUUGUACAUAAAGAGAACCGAUGAAAAGAGAGUCCACCUGGACCCCGUGUUCAGCGGGGGCGGCCAAGAAGGUGGGAUCCGUAGCGGAACUCUCCCAGUUUUCCUGGUGGUUGGUAUGGGUGAGGCGGCAGAGCUUGCACAGAAGGAGAUGAAGAAGGACGCCCUCCACUACAAGAGCCUCUUUGAGAUUGCCAGGGAGAAGCUGCUCUCCCUUCCUUCUGUGAGGCUUAAUGGGCCGUUUCCAGAGGACGCGAUUCUAGCAGACAAGACAAAAGGCGCUCAAAAGUCUCAGAAGAAGGAGCCCUUCAGUAAGAAGCGCAUUCUUAACAACAUGAACAUCAGCUUUUUCGGGGUAGAAGGGGAGUCUCUGAUGCUUGGAUUGGAUGAUGCCAUUUGCAUGUCCAGCGGAAGCGCCUGCACGUCUCAGUCCCUCGAGCCCAGCCAUGUUCUGUUUGCGCUAGGGCUGGACCCAGAGUUUGCUCAUACGGCUGUGCGACUGGGGACAUCACGAUUUACUACGGAGGCAGAGUUCCGCCGGGCAUGCGAUCUCAUAGCGAAGCAGGUCGCCCAUCUCAGGGAUCUUUCGCCUCUCUGGGAGAUGACUCAGAAGGGGAUCGAUACAAAGAGCAUAGAGUGGAAGCAUGACUAG